GGCGGGCGCAGGCCGAGAGGGGCCGGCCCAGGGCCGCGCUACGUGUCCCGCAGCGCUUAUAGCCCCGGCCCGGCGGGCCCGCCGCAGCAGCAGCAGCACCAUGUCGAGCAGCGAGCAUACGGGAGCCACCAACGUGGUUUACCAAGCCCACCAUGUCAGCAGGAGUAAGAGAGGACAAGUUGUCGGCACCAGGGGAGGAUUCCGAGGCUGCACGGUUUGGCUCACAGGCCUUUCUGGAGCUGGCAAGACAACCAUUGGCUUUGCUCUGGAAGAGUACCUGGUGGCUCAUGGCAUCCCCUGCUACUCCCUGGAUGGUGACAACGUCAGGCACGGCUUGAACAAGAACCUGGGCUUCUCGGCCCAGGACCGCGAGGAGAACAUCCGGCGCAUCGCCGAGGUGGCGCGGCUCUUCGCCGACGCGGGGCUCGUCUGCAUCACCAGCUUCAUCUCCCCCUUCACCAAGGAUCGUCUAAACGCACGGAAAAUUCACGAGGCAGCUGGACUUCCUUUCUUUGAAAUCUUUGUAGAUGCUCCUCUAAACAUUUGUGAAAGCAGAGAUGUGAAGGGCCUGUACAAAAAGGCAAGAGCUGGAGAGAUCAAAGGAUUCACGGGGAUUGACUCAGAGUACGAGAAACCCGAAGCUCCUGAACUGGUGCUGAAAACAAACAUUACAUCGGUGUCUGAGUGCAUCCAGCAGGUCGUGGAGCUCCUCCAGGCACAGAACAUCGUGCCCCAAGGCUCAGUCAAGGAUGUUCUGGAGCUCUUUGUGCCUGAGGAUAAACUCAGCAGUGUCCGGGCUGAGGCAGAGAAGCUGCCAGCACUGGAGAUCACUAAGCUGGAUCUGCAGUGGGUGCAGGUGCUGAGCGAAGGCUGGGCCACUCCCCUCACAGGAUUCAUGCGGGAGGCAGAGUACCUGCAAGUGCUGCACUUUGGCACCCUGCUCAACGACGGCGUGGUGAACCUGAGCGUGCCCAUCGUGCUGCCGCUGUCGGCGGAGGACAAGCGGCGGCUGGAGGGCAGCGCGGCGCUGGCGCUGCGCUUCCAGGGCCGCGCCGUGGCCGUGCUGCGGCGCCCCGAGUUCUUCGCGCACAGGAAGGAGGAGCGCUGCGCCCGCGUCUGGGGCACCGCCUGCCCCCGGCACCCGCACAUCCAGAUGGUGAUGGAGAGUGGAGACUGGCUGGUUGGUGGAGACCUGGAGGUCCUGGAGAAGAUCAAGUGGAAUGAUGGGCUGGACCAGUACCGCCUGACCCCACUGGCUCUCAAGAAGAAAUUCAGGGAGAUGAACGCUGACGCCGUCUUCGCCUUCCAGCUGCGCAACCCCGUGCACAACGGGCACGCGCUGCUGAUGCAGGACACGCGGCGCCAGCUCCUGGAGAGGGGCUACAAGAACCCCGUGCUGCUGCUGCACCCCCUGGGGGGCUGGACCAAGGACGAUGAUGUCCCUCUGGAGUGGCGCAUGAAGCAGCACGCGGCCGUGCUGGAGGAGCAAGUCCUGGAUCCCAAGUCCACCAUCGUGGCCAUCUUCCCCUCUCCCAUGCUCUACGCCGGCCCCACGGAGGUGCAGUGGCACUGCCGAGCCCGGAUGGUGGCGGGGGCCAACUUCUACAUCGUGGGGCGCGACCCGGCGGGCAUGCCGCACCCCGACACCAAGCAGGACCUGUACGAGCCCACGCACGGCGGGAAGGUGCUGGCCAUGGCCCCCGGCCUCACCUCCGUGGAGAUCAUCCCCUUCCGCGUGGCCGCCUACAGCAAGAGCAAGAGGGCCAUGGACUUCUACGACCCCGAAAGGCACGAUGACUUUGACUUCAUCUCAGGAACACGCAUGAGGAAGCUUGCUCGGGAAGGGGAAAACCCCCCGGAUGGCUUCAUGGCCCCCAAAGCCUGGAAAGUCCUCACCGCCUACUACCAGUCACUGGAAAAAAAGAAUUAACUCCUCCUCCUCCCUAGAAAUACCUGUAUUAAGAGUGAGCAAUGAUCAAUUGAUUCCCUGUGACACAGAUCACUUGGCACGACCCUGGGAUUUUCCUACCUGGGUCAGUGUUUUUUACCAAUCAGAAAUACUUUGAGCCUGAUCCUUCUUCCCCUGAAGCUGCUGGGAGUGUCCCCAUGGAGCUGGAAGGGACAGGGAGUGGGCCCUUUGUUCCCAGCUGGCACCAGGACGUGCCACCGGGAUCACUGUGGUGCUGCCAGGGCCACACAGCAGCUGCCAGUGCAGAGGGGACCAGGAUAAAUCCUGCCUGUGUCCUGCCUGGAGCAGAAGUGAAGAAGUGCCUUUCCUCAUUGUGCCUUAGACAGUUUUUGCUAAUUAACAGCACAAUCUUUUUAAUGCCCCUUUUAUAAAAAGGACUUUUUUAAGAUCAGCUGUGACCACCUCCAGUUCCUUGUGGUUGAGCCAACUCCUCACUCCUUCCUUCCUUCCCUCCUCCUGCUUGACCUCUUUAAGUCAAACAAAUCCCAAGCUGAGCAUUACUGUUGCUCUGAGUUCAGCUGCCUGUGCCAUGGGGAUCCCUGGCACGGGGAUCCCUGCACUCACAGCCUGGCAGGAGAAGCACCACAAAGCCCUGAGAUCCCUGAGAAAGCUCUGCACAGCAAGGAAAAGUCAGGGAUGCUGGCACUGCGCUUCCAGGUGUCCUCCCACGGAGCAGGAUGGGAUCCCCCUUCCCUCUGCCCACACUCCUCCCACCCCAAAGGCAGAUCCGAGGAAAAAACAGCAAAGGCAGCACCAGGCGGGUCUGGAAGAGCAGCUGAGGGGAGGCUGAAGCUCCUGCCCUCAUCCACAGCUCUGUGCGUGCAGGUCGCCUGGUUUAUUCUGUGUUUGUGGCAUGGGGCCGCUGGGGACAGCCAGAGGAUGGCAGGGGACACCAGAGGAUGGCAGGAAAGCCUUGCUCCCCCAGCCCUGUGGGGUGCUGCUCCCAGCCCUGGCUGUGGAAAGUUACCGCGGCCAUUAUCGCCUUCCCCACCCUCACGGCCACACGGACUUUGGCAAUGCCCCGCCUGAGGCUUUUCCGCUGGCUCGCAGGAGCCUGCGAGGUGACAGAGCAGUGACACGACAGCCACACGACAGCGACACGACAGCCGGGCUUCCCUGGGCCCUGCCCGGAGCCCAGGGCCGGGCCCGGGCCCGGGCCCGCCUCGCCGCCCCAGCCCUGCCAUGGCAGCAGAGCUCGGUCCUUACAGCAAGGCCUCACGCUGGGAUUCUUGCACCUGGCCUUGCUCAGCAGCUGCCCCAGGAGCCGCGGGGAUGUUCCCAAGGAACGGGAGUGAGCUUUCCUCUCUUCCUGUGCUCCAGUUUGAGUUCCACGCUCGGCAAAACCAACCCGCUCCUGCUCGGUGCUGUGAGCUACGGCCUGCCCUGCUGUGGUCAGGGCACAGCGUCCAAGCCUUUGUCUGUGACUGGAAAACUUCCUUGCAAAAGGGCUUUUUGGGUGGUUUUUAAAGUAUUUUUUAAAAAUAUUUGGAGGAAAUCUGUGUUUACCCCAAGGCUCCUCUGUGGGAGCUGACAGUGCAGCAGCCCAGCCUCAUCCAGCCAGGCCCUCUGGCAGGCAGCCAAAAGGGAGAUUCCCAUUUAGGGUUUUUAAGGAGUGAAACAGCCCUGUUGCUGCUCAUCAUCAAAUAAUCCAGUGUUGAAACCUGCCCCCCCCCAGUUAAUCCAGGUGUCACAGCAAAACACAGAUGCUGUGUUAUCAUUUUAAAGCAGUGUAGUGUCCUAAUUACCUCUGAUUAAAACAUGUGGACUGGGGGGGUUAUAGUCUAUUUAUUAAAGACAUGAGACUGGAAUUUGUACCUCAGCUGAUGCAUCUCAUGAUUUAAUAUAUUCUUAACUCAAUACUCUAUGAAACACUCACUUUUAGUACAAAUAAAUAUUUAUAUGUGUAA